CUUUGUAGAUAUUACAGGGAGUCAAAGGGAGACCUCACAAAGAGAUAGCGAAAGAGAGAGAGAGAGAACGCGAGAUCCUCUAAGGCCUAUUUAAAGGCCUCCCUUUGACCCUGUUUUUGACCAGUUCUCUCCGAGAUACCUCACCGCCCUGAUACAUGGUCGUGCGUUCUGCGACUCGGCUCCGUGCCGUGCGAGGCUCCGUGCCGCACAAGAAUCCCUCUGUUUCCCGGGCCCUCGAUGGCCUGCCAGCAAUGCCUUACGUGAAAGCAAUAUAUUCAUGAAGCCUUAGUCCCUUUGGGCCGUUUGUGUGAGUGUGUGUGAAUGAGGACGAGCGAGGGGACGGAGCCGACGGACCGGCCCCCGCGUCUCCCCACCGUCUCAGGUGACGACCCCGUCCGCUCCACGAUCGCAAGGGUGCGAGCCUCCGGAGGCGCGAUCAUGUCCGUUUCGCUUCCCGGGAAGGAAGGGAGGAGGAGCGAGUACGAGAAGCGAGGGGUCCCGAGGAGAUCCCACCACCCGUCCGAUACAUCCCUGGGGUAUGAACCAGAAGGGGACGAGAGCCCCUCGCCUCAGAUGACAGAAACCGAAACCCCUCCGUACCUGAAAUGGGCCCAAGGGCUUCACUUCCUCCUCAAUGACUCGGAUGGAGUCGAUCUGUUCAAGACCUUUUUGAAGAGUGAAGACUGCCUAAACAUCCUUGACUUUUGGUUCGCUUGUGAAGGCCUCAAGAAGACCGGGCCCGAUGAUCCCAAGGUCCCGCAGCUGAUACGGGUCAUCUACAAGCGCUUCAUCAAGACUUCCGAGAUACAGGUGUCGGAGGUGACGAGGAAGGAGCUGGCGGCUCGCAUGGCAGCCAAAUCCGACUUGGACCAGUUUGUGUUCCGGGCUGCACAGGCCGAGGUGGAAUCUGUGAUGACGAGUGGCCUCUACCCGAACUUCCUCAAGUCGGACGUGUACCUGUCCCACGUGGCGAGGAUUCAGUGCCCCGAGAACCCUCCAGUCUCGCGAGUCAGUGCCUCAAGUGAAGCGAUAGAGAGUGAUAAUUGUUGUGAUACUAGCUCCUCUGUGGAUGUUUUGCCUACUGUACCUGAAGAGACAGAAACGUUGGGGUUGACCCCUCCGCCUCUCCCGACACGAACGAGUACCUUACCGUUGACGAAAAAGACCAUCCUUGCUACGCAAAGCAUUCGGGAAGGGUACAGCCUGGAGUAUCGACCAAGGCAUUUGGUGCAGGGAACCUUAGAUAGGAUGCACCCCUACCAUGCCACGUAUUCCUCAAAUGCCAAUGUGUCACGCCAGGACUCUGAGGUCCAGAGUUUCUCUUCUGGAACUCACACUGAUGAUACCCUUUCCUUAACUGAUAGCUCAUCCAUAGAUGGGACCCUAGGUGGGCGAUUGACCAGGAGACAAAUUCGAAGGCAGCAAAAGCAAAUACAUGAAAAUGCCAUGCAGAACAAGGAAACUCCUCAUAACCCGUUUGCAUUCAUUCCUCGGACAUUGAGGAUAGCCAAGGAGCAGACCAUGAACAUGUCUCCUGAGGAGUUUGCUGCCAUACUCAUCAAGAAGUUAGAUGCUGUGAAAAAAGAACAGGAGGCUCAGGAGAGGCUAGGGGAAUCCUUCCGGCGCCUCCAAGAUGACGAGGCACUGGGCGAAGAAGAGCGGCGUCGUCAGCAUGCUCUGGCUGCACUUCCCCCGUUCCUCCUGGAAGCAGCCAUGAGGGAAAAACUGUCUGCUACCUCUGACUCUGGCCAGUCCAUUCUUGAUGACCACGUCUCAAGAGUAUGGCAAGAGACACCGUCUCCUGGAAGGAGUCCUCCUGGGGGAACAGCCUCUCCUCCACCUCCUCCUCUGCCAGCCAGGAACAAACUGCCAAGUGGCAUGCUGGUAGAUCCAGCUCCACCACCUCCUCCUCAUUCAGGCAGGCCUCCUACCUUCAUACCUCAUCACCACCAUCAUUACCCACAUCAUCAUCGAAGAAAGGAGAAGGAUCUGAUCUCUACGGUCUCCUUGGAUUCUGGGAACGCGACGGACUUGACGGGAUCCCAGGAGCGGCUGUCGUUGGUUCCCAAGAUCAAGACCAUGUCAGAGUAUCUCUACAAGAGUGGUCCAGGGGCAAAGCCACCUUCUUCUUCCUCAUCUCACGGGAAGAGAGCCCCACCCGAGUGUACGGACAGCGGCGUGAGCAUGGUCUCGGACUCUGCCAUGCCUCCUUCCGGUGGGGCAACCACUACCACAAGCUUUUCGGUCCUCCCAGUGUCUGCCGAUGAGAAGGUGAUAUCAUGGGUAUUGGAAAGUGAAAAGUACACUGGGGUAAAGGGAGAAGGAGGGAGUGAGAGAAACUCUUCAACCAAACACCACUCAAAGUCCAUCUCACCUGGGCCUUCUCGGCAUCGGAUGGGGAAGGAAAGUUCAUCUAAGGAGAUCAAGGGGAAGAAGGGAUCCGGAAUAACUUCAUCCAGUGAUAUCUACACCAUUGUGGGAUAUUUCUACUGUGAUGAACCUGUUCCAUAUAGACACAGGCUUCCCGGCAAGCACGUCACCUUACGCCAAUUCAAAGAAAUACUCCCGAGAAAAGGACCUCACCGUUUCUUCUUCAAGAGAGACGACGAAGAAUUUGGUGCAGGUGCCAUUCAGGAAGAGAUCUCAGAUGACAACGAAGUUCUUCCCCUAUGGGAGGGAAAGAUUUUUGCCACUGUACGUCCCAUGGAAUGAACAGAAAUCCUGAGACCCUGAUCGGGUGAGUGCAAUAGACAGAUGCCUCCUGUGGGAUGAGAUGGGCGACAUGGCAGCCAUAUUGGUUUGUGUUCACUGCCUUUUACUCAAAACAUGGUGCUAGUUGUUUCCAUCCUUCCUCCGAUUUAAUCCAGACAAUCCCGCAUUUGCCUUCAUCGAUCCGUCUUCUUUCUGCUACCUCCUGGUUUUUUUUGUGAAUGAAAUACAUGUUUGC